AUGGGUAAAGAAGAAAAAGAAUUUGGUGGUACACCAGGAGCCAUUGGUUUAAUUAUAUUCUCACAUUUUGUACCAUUUUAUUUUGCUCUAUCACUUCAAUAUAGUUCAGGCGGACUUUAUUUUCCAUCAUCAUUUGAUACUUUAAUUCAGAAUUUCAAAGAAACAUGUUCACCAACAUGGUCAGCAUUUUUUCUCUAUACAGGAUUUUGUCUUCUACAGCUUAUAUUUGCUGCUACUUUACCUGGUCUAGUAAUUAAAGGUUUACCAGUACCUACAGAAAAUAAUCGACAAUAUACAUAUAAUUGUAAUGCAUUAACUAGUUGGUAUGUAACAUUAGUACUUGUUGCGAUACUUCAUCUAACUGGUAUAAUACGUUUAACAAUAUUAGCUGAUCAAUUUGGUUCAGUUCUUUGUGUUGCUGUGAUAUGUGCUGAUAUUUUAUCAGUAAUUAUUCAUUUUUAUGCUAUUCAAACAAAGAAAACAUGUCGUAUGACACAUUCACCCCUUUACGAUUUUUUUAUGGGUGUUUGGUUAAAUCCACGUAUUAAAAUUUUAGGACAAGAAGUAGAUUUAAAAAUGUUAGCUGAAGUACGUUUAUCAUGGCUUUUAUUAUUUCUUUUAAUUAUUUCUGCUGCAUUGAAACAAUAUGAAGCAUUUCAUACAAUUUCCUGGCCCAUGAUGGUUAUUUUAACCGCUCAAUUACUCUAUAUAAAUGCUUGUAUGAAAGGUGAAGAAUGUAUUCCAACAACAUGGGAUAUAUUUUAUGAAAAAUGGGGUUGGAUGUUAAUCUAUUGGAAUUUAGCUGGUGUUCCAUUUGUAUAUGCAUUUCAUGCUUAUUAUAUUCUUGUUAAUUCUUUGCGAACACAUAAACCAGUUGAAGGUACAUCAAUGACAUUAGUUAUGAUUUUAUUUACUGUCCUAUUUUUUGCCUAUUAUAUAUGGGAUUCAUCACAAGCACAAAAAAAUCGUUUUCGUAUGAAACAACGUGGUACAUAUGUACCAAGAAAUGCAUUUCCACAACUUCCAUGGAAUACAUUAAAAGAUCCGAAAUAUUUGAAAACUGCAUGUGGUUCAACAUUAUUAACUGAUGGAUGGUGGAAAUUUUGUCGUAAACCACAUUAUACAGCUGAUAUAUGUAUGGCUAUGUGUUGGGCAUUAUCUUGUCAUCAGUGGCCUGGUGCUUUACCUUAUUUUUAUCCUUGUUUUUUUACCGGCAUGAUUAUUCAUCGUUAUACACGUGAUAUAGCACGAUGCAAAGUUAAGUAUGGUAAAGAUUGGACAAUUUACUGUGAUACAGUACCGUACGCUUUCAUUCCUGGACUUAUUUGA